CACAUACACACGCGCACAAACCCGCGCUCGCGCGCGCGCACACACUCCAGGGUCUCCGCUCACCCGUGGGCUCGCGGCGGCUCGGGUCCGCGCGUGUCAAGCCGAAUCAGAUCCGCACCACCGCUUCGGCCGCCUCGCUUCGGGUGCGUUUUUUUUUUUUUUUUUUUUUUUUUUUUCGUCAAUAUUUUAUCAGCCCGCAUUCGGCCAUCUCCAUGGCUACGUCGGGCGCGCUGGAGGGAUGCGCGCUGCAGCGGGGCCGAUCGCAGAGUGACCCCAGCAUCCUCACGGACACCGGCGUGGAGCACGCGCGCCGCACAGAUGUGAUGGACCAGCAGAGGGCGCUGCACUCCGGCUGCCUGGUGAGCGGCGCGCGCACGCCGCCCGCGCGCCGCAGCAGCAAACUGGCCACUCUGGGCCGCAUCUUCCGGCCCUGGAAGUGGAGGAAAAAGAAAACGGAGAAGCUGAAGCAAAGCUCCACAGAUUCCGCACUGGCCUGCGGGGGGAGCCCUGAGGAGCCCAGCACCCCAACCAAGGAGCUCUCGGACGGAGAGGAGAGGGAGGAAGAGCUCCCCAUCCCCCUGCUUAACCCCAGUGCCCGAGAGGACCAGGGAUCCAGCGAGGAAAACCAUUCUACAGCGUGCGAGUCGGAGGACGGUGAGACCGGAGCUGAUCAAGACCCGGAUGCAGGGCAAGAAGGGGAGCAGCAAGAGGAGUCGGUCCCCCCUGGGAGUCCCGUCGGUGCGGCUGUCACCCAGGAGGGGGCGGAAGAGUGUGAGGGAGACCCCGGCAGCGGGGAGCCCAGCCCCCCUUCCCCGCCUGCUCUGCCAGUCAAACUGCUCAGCCGGCUGGGCAGCGUGGAGGGUUCGCAAGGGGAUACUGGUGUGACCUCCCCCUCCUCCCUGCAAAGGAACAGCAUCCUCCCGAAGGAGACUCCGUGGGGCCCCGAUGCGGUGCGGGGCCAGAGCUCUACACCCACCGGUUCUCCCCACUUGGGCAUCCUGCACCCGCAGCUGCCCCCUAGCUGCAUCAUCGAGGAACUGCACCGAGCCCUGGCCUCCAAACACCGCCAGGACAGCUUCCAUGGGCGCGAAGUACGCUUGUCCCCCAAGCGCCGCUCUGACGGGCGACUCUCCCGGACCUCCAGCGCGGAGAAGGAGUCGGGCGGCGACGCGGAAACCAAGAAGGAGGCGGAUGAGAACAAGGAGAACGUGCGUCUGGACGAGUUCUACAGCGACGCCUCUGGGCUGCUGCACGACCAGGACAGCUGGAACGAGUCGGUGAUCUCGGGAACGUUGCCGCGCAGGAUGAGGAAGGAGCUUCUGGCCGUUAAGCUGAGGAACCGACCUAGUAAGCAGGAGCUGGAGGACCGAAACAUCUUCCCCACCCGCAGCGACCAGGAGCGCCAGGAGAUCCGCCAGCAGAUUGAGAUGAAACUCGCAAAGAGGCUGAGCCAGAGGCCGGGGGUCGAGGAGCUCGAGAGCCGCAACAUCCUCAAACAGCGCAACGACCAAACGGAGCAGGAGGAGCGGCGGGAAAUUAAACAGCGGCUCAAUCGAAAGCUCAAUCAGCGCCCCACAGUGGACGAGCUGCGCGACAGGAAGAUCCUCAUCCGCUUCAGCGACUACGUCGAGGUGGCCAAAGCUCAGGAUUACGACCGGCGUGCCGACAAGCCCUGGACGCGGCUCUCGGCAGCUGACAAGGCGGCGAUACGGAAAGAGCUCAAUGAAUUCAAAAGCAACGAGAUGGAGGUUCACGCAUCGAGCAAACACCUGACAAGGUUCCACAGGCCGUAGCAGCGUUUCUUCCGUGAAGAGUUGCUCGAUCCGGGUCCUGCCGGCGAAGACCUCGAGGGGGAUUCUUCCGGGAGCCCCGCCCUCGGUCCGUGGGUGUCCUGAUAUUUGGGCGCAGUGAACCUCGGAGGCUAUGUCUCCACGUUGGGGGUGCCGCCCGGCAGGAAGUGGCGCCGCCGGGAGCCGGACAACCUGCUCAGACAGAGGUCUCCGGAAAUUUCCGAGGAGUGCUCGGCAGAGGUCCUGGUUGCUCUUUGUUUCCAGGACCAUUUUUUCUACGGACUCUUUUGGAAAAAAAAUCAGAAAGAAAGACUGUCUUUGCAUAUCUGGGGAAGGGAGGUGGGAGGGAGGGUGGCGGGGGUUCGUGCAUGUUGACCGGCUUUACCUUUCCUACCACGUAAGCGUCUGUCCUCGCGCCAGCAUUGUGGACUCACUGCUCUCGUACUG